GCAAGACUGAGGGUGGAGAGCAGCACCAGGGACAACACAACUCUGCCCCUAUCAGCCCCACCCCCCGGCGCGGUGAGAGUUACAGCUGGGGCCCCUCCCAGUCUCCAGAGCCACUGUCCCUUAGCAACAGUCUUGCCAGGCAGAACGCGCAGCCAACGCCGGGGAAAGCAGGCAGGACUCAGGACGGACAAAGGCCAGCUGCCCAGAGAGCCCCGACCCAGCAUGGAUACUGUGGACGCCACUGUGGAGAAGCUCCGGGCACAGUGCCUAUCCCGAGGCGUCUCGGGCAUCCAAGGCCUGGCCAGGUUUUUCCGCCGCCUGGACCGGGAUGGGAGCCGAUCCCUGGAUGCGGGGGAGCUCCGGCGGGGCUUGGCUGAACUGGGGCUGGCGUUGGCCAAGGCUGAGGUGGAGGCCGUGUGCAGGCACUGGGACCGUGAUGGCAGUGGGACACUGGACCUGGAGGAAUUCCUGCGGGCACUGCGGCCCCCCAUGUCCCAGGCCCGCGAGGCGGUCAUUGCAGCUGCAUUCACCAAGCUGGACCGCAGCGGAGACGGUGUGGUGACUGUGGAUGACCUCCGUGGGGUGUACAGUGGCCGUGCCCAUCCCAAGGUGCGCAGUGGGGAGUGGACUGAGGAGGAGGUGCUCUGCCGCUUCCUGGACAACUUCGACUCCUCUGAGAAGGAUGGGCAGGUCACACUGGCAGAAUUCCAGGACUACUACAGUGGCGUGAGUGCUUCUGUGGACACAGAUGAGGAGUUCGUGGCCAUGAUGACCAGUGCCUGGCAGCUCUGAGCAGUGCCCAUGCACUCAGCUGGUGUCGCCGGAGCUACUGUAGGACCCCCUGCCCAGCACAAGUCAGGGCCCUCUUACCUGCGCUCCGGUUGAGCAGGCAGGCACACAGCAGAAACAUGGCGGG